UGCUAAACUGUGCUGCUUUUAUACAGAGGGCCCUUGUAGUGUUGUUACCUUCCUCAGGAGGAUCUAGACAGAUCAGCACUGACCCUAGAUUAACCCAUUUUUGACUCACCCUCAGAUGAGAUAGGACUGUCUUACAUCUGUUCCACCGCAAUGGUUGUUCCUGAGUCUCAAGACAAAAUGUACUACCCCUCCUGUGACCUGCAGAGGGAUGCUCAUGUGCCUGAUUUAAACUCUUAUCUGGAACUGUACAGGAAGUCUCUUGAGAAUCCAGAAGCUUUCUGGAAAGAGGUCGCCGAUGAGUUCUUCUGGAAGAAGCCAACAACAGGGCCAAUGCUGCAGUACAACUUUGAUGUGACAAAAGGGAAUGUAUAUGUCACAUGCAUGGAAGGGGCCAAGACCAACAUGUGCUAUAAUGUCCUAGACAGACACGUGAAGGAGAGGAACCUUGGUGAAAAGGUUGCCUAUUACUGGGAGGGAAACUCACCUGACCAUCACAUGACCAUCACUUAUUCCCAGCUGCUUAGCCACGUCUGCCGCUGUGCUAAUGUCCUCAAGCAGAUGGGUGUGAAAAAGGGAGACAGGGUUUCCAUCUACCUCCCCAUGAUCCCAGAGCUGGUCUACACCAUGCUGGCCUGUGCCAGGAUAGGUGCGGUUCACUCCACUGUGUUUGCAGGUUUUUCCUCUGAGUCUCUGUGUGACAGGAUUAUUGACGCCCAGUGCAGCGUCCUGGUCACAGCAGAUGGUGUUUACAGAGGAGAGAAGCUGAUCAACCUGAAGCAGAUUGCAGACAAGGCUCUGGAGAAGUGCAGGGAAAAAGUGUCAUCGAGCGUCAUCAAGUGCCUCGUCGUGAAGAACUAUGCACUGAGGACAAAGAACGGAGCUGCGUGCAACAAACUCCAGACGCCCUGGGACUCAGACAGUGACGUGUGGUGGGACGAGGCGAUGACAGACGCUCCUGAGGAGUGUGAGCCUGAGUGGAUGAACGCUGAGGACCCGCUGUUUAUCCUCCACACCAGCGGCUCCACCGGCAAACCUAAGGGUGUUCUCCACACAGUCGCUGGCUAUCUGCUCUACACCUCACUGACAUUCAAGUAUGUUUUCGACCAUCAUCAUGACGACGUGUACUGGUGCACGGCAGACAUCGGCUGGAUUACUGGUCACUCCUACAUCAUCUACGGCCCCCUUGCAAAUGGAGCCACAGGUGUUCUAUUUGAAGGUAUUCCUGUCCACCCUCAUGUUGGCCGGUUCUGGGAAAUUAUUGAGAAGUAUCAAGUGACCAAGUUCUACACAGCUCCCACAGCCAUACGCCUGCUGAUGAAGUACGGACAGGAACCUUUGCAGAAGUACGACCUCUCCAGCCUGAAGAUUAUCGGUACAGUGGGUGAGCCCAUCAACCCAGAGGCCUGGCAGUGGUACUAUAAGAUGGUCGGUCAGAGCAGAUGUCCCAUCGUUGACACUUUCUGGCAGACAGAGACGGGCGGCCAUGUUGUGACUCCUCUACCUGCUGCAACGCCACUGAAACCCGGCUCUGCUACGUUGCCCUUCUUUGGUGUGGAGCCAGCCGUCCUGAAUGAACAUGGUGAAGAACUGGAGGGCGAGGCUGAGGGUUAUCUGGUGUUUAAGAGACCCUGGCCUGGAAUAAUGCGAACUUUGUACAAAAACCACGAGCGCUUUGAAAACACCUAUUUCAAGAAAUUCCCUGGCUUUUAUGUGACUGGUGAUGGCUGCAGGCGGGAUAAAGACGGCUAUUACUGGAUCACAGGAAGAAUAGACGACAUGCUGAACGUGUCAGGACACCUGCUGAGCACAGCAGAGGUGGAGGCGGCACUAACAGAGCACCCAGGUGUGGUGGAGGCUGCGGUGGUCAGUCGACCUCACCAGGUGAAGGGAGAGAGUCUCUACUGUUUUGUCAGCCUCAGAGACAGCGGGGAGUUUAACCUCACCAUGGUGCAGGAGCUCAAGAAGCUGGUGAGAGAGAAAAUUGGUCCUAUCGCCACACCAGACUUCAUUCAGAACGCACCGGCGCUGCCCAAAACACGCUCAGGGAAGAUCAUGAGGCGUAUCCUGCGGCAGAUCGCAUGCAACAAUAGAGACCUCGGUGACCUUUCAACUUUGGCUGACCCAAAAGUGGUGGAAUUGCUGUUCAGCCAGAGAUGUGAAGCUGCACCCUGAACAAACAGCUGGUUCUGGAUCAGCAUCUGUGUGAGUGUCAGUCUGGACCUAAACAAAAGGGAACUGGGAUCAGAAAAGAAUCACGCUGAUAGACACCUGUUGCUGGUCAAAAGUAUGAAAUAAACACAGAGUUCAUAUUUGAUAUAUUGUAGGGUUAUAUGUGUAAUAUCACUUCUUCUUUUCUCUGUUUAGAGUUUGAACUAGAAAGUUCUUUGACUGACGACAUGUAUAUGUUCAAACUGUGACCUGAUCAUAAAAAAGUGUUUGGA